CUGUGACGCACUGGUAACGGUCCGUUUCCGGGGUGGAGCCAGGGAGGGCGGGAGUUUAGGCUGCUCCGACCCCCUCAGCCCCCCUCCAGGAGACGUUCGGAGCCCAGGACAUGUCGGGAUUGAGGAGAUACGAGGUGGCGCUGGAGGCGGAGGAGGAGAUCUACUGGGGCUGUUUCUACUUUUUUCCUUGGCUGCGAAUGUGGCGGAGAGAACGAAGCACUAAUACUGCCGCCCAGCUCUACCUGCUGUACUCAGCUCUACCGACAGCCACUCUCAAACAAGCUACUGAGGAAGGUCAUCCGGGUGGAACUGCAGGAGGUCGAUGGGGACUGUCACCUGCAGGCAUUCGUGCUUCAUUUGGCUCGACGCAGUGUCUGCAUUCAUCCCCAGAACCGCAGCCUGGCUCGGUGGUUUGAGCGCCAAGGGAAGAGGUUCCAGGAGACUCUGCCUAACACAAUUUUUGGGCCUCUAUGGAAUAUGAAUAAAAGCCCCCAAUAGCCCCAAUAAAGCAACAUUAA